AUGACACUGCACGAGGUCCUCAUGAUGCAGCCUCCAUAUUCCAAGCGAACUGGCCUGGACAAGGCUUUGGACAAGGCAGAGGCGAAAGGAAGCCUGGCAGCUUUGUCGCUUCUGCCCGGACCAUGGGCUGAAGCUCAGACACGAGAGGACAAACUGCGGCUUCUAGAGUUGGACUGGAUGGCAAACCAGGAGGGCAUCCAGCUGCAGCUUUAUGCCGCCUACCAGGAGCGGUAUGGCGACAAGGGCCUCGGCAGCAACAUUGCGGUACCUACUGUUGUCAUGCACAGCAAGGUCACAGAGAAGGUCAGCCCAGACAAGGAGCCGUCACCCUGGGACAGCGCAAUCGUCCAAAGAGUCAUGGCCCGCGUCAUCCUGGCUGACCCAGCUGAUGCUGAACGAGUCGCGCGUAUUCAUGUGCGAAAGGAACCCAACUUUGGAGUCCUGAUGGACAGCGUCAUCUCCACCACGGACAACGAGCACUGGCGGGAGCAACGGCAGCACCUUGUUGAGGCUUUCCUGCCUCUCUCGUCGCUUGCAAAGAUCUUGCCAGUGUCGCUGGCUCGCGCAAAGGAGUGCGCCAAUCGACUGGGCAAGAUGGCAGAGGAUGGCCCUGUUGACAUGAGCGACUUCCUGCUGCAUGAAGCUCAAGCCCAGCUGCAGCUGGCCCUCCUGGGAGCGCCCGAGUCUCUCAUGGAAGAAACCAAUGCAGGCAUCCGGAAGACCUUCAUGUUCCAUCCAGAGGCCAAGCUGGGCGUUCUGUCCAAUGCGAUGAAGGAGAUCAUGAAGGUGGCCCAGGAGGAUCAGACUUUAGGUCUUCCUUCUGAUGGAUGUCCUGUUCGAGGUCCUUUGUCAAGGGCCCUGCAGACAGGAAAAUUCCAUGCAAGCACCGAUUAUGGGAACUUGCUGUUGAUCCUUUUUGCUGGCCACGACACCACAGGCCACACAAUGACCUGGUUGACCUUUGAGCUUGCCCGCAAUCCGGACAUCCAGAAAAAGGUGCAGGAGGAAGUUGAUCAGUUCUUCCGUUGCCUGAACGGGCGCGAUCCGACAUACCAGGAUUUGAGCAGGUUCGAUGUCUUGGACAAAUGCAUCACUGAGACACUGCGCUUGUGGCCGGCGGUGGCCAACGGUACCUUUCGCCAGCUACAGUUCUCGGAAGAGCUCAGUGGUCAAGGCGGCAAGCAGGUCACUCUUCCAAAAGGCACGCUUGUUACCAUCAGCAACUGGUGUCGGCAUCGCAAUCCCGAUCUUUGGGGACAAGAUGCAGACAACUUCAACCCGUGGCGCAACUUUGCAACCGAGGAGAUGGCUCGUGUGGGCUGCCCCAUGGCUGCGAUGACUCCACAGUCUGCUCGCUUCUCGCCGUUCGCACACAACCCCCGCAGCUGCUUGGGCAAGAACUUCGCGCAGAUGGAGAUGCGACUGAUCCUGUCAUACUUGUUCCACAAGUUUGAGUUUGCCCUUGCGCCGCCGUAUGAUGCGCUGGCGGAUACAACUAUCAAGGCUUCGGACACCAACCCGAAGAAUUUCCGCGGCAUCAACUCUGGGGGCACCAUGGGCCCCAUGGACCUCGAGCAUGGAGGUGCAGUGUCGGACAACGAACGCUAUCUGGCAGCGUGCUCGGAAAUCCUGGGUGAUAAGUUGGGAAGUGAGCCAGAGAGCCUUCGCAGGGCCUUCACAGAGAAGGGUGUACAGCCGGGCAUGUCAAACUUGAUUCAAACUUGUUUGAAACGCAAGCGGCCCGCUUGGAUGUUCCAGACCGUUUUCUGCGAGUCUUGCCGAUUCGCCAACUUGAAGAUUGGGAUGCUGCGAACGGACACUCUCUAUGAAAGCUGCGAGGGCGAGUUCGUGAGCCAUCGUGGAGACCAAGCAGGUCUCCAUGGCUCUCAGGUGGGAGCGUCUGCGUGUGUCCAAACAUUUGCUACGGCAUGUGUGUGCUCAUGA